AUUUGCGAACACUUAGUCGUACGACCGCACUCGCAGCCAAAAGUUCAGCCAGAAAUGCUGGCAAAAGUGCUAACUAUUUUGGCCAUUGUGGCUACAGCAGCAGCCACUGACGACUUUGAUCCUUUCAUCGAUAUACCCUUUAAGCGGAUCAAGACUUCGGCGGAGCGCAUUGAGGAGCACGGCUAUCCGGCCGAAUCGCAUUUUGUGGAAACCCCGGACGGCUAUGUGCUAAAUGUGUUCCGCAUUCCCCACUCCCCGAAGCUCGGGGGUAGCAAUGGCAGUGGUGCCCGCCCGGUGGUGCUCAUCAUGCACGGGCUGUUCAGCUGCUCGGAUUGCUUCCUGCUCAAUGGACCGGAGGAUGCGCUGCCGUACAACUACGCAGAUGCAGGCUACGAUGUCUGGCUGGGCAACGCCCGUGGCAACAUCUAUUCGAGGAACAACACGCGGCUGGAUGUGAAGCAUCCGUACUUCUGGAAGUUCAGCUGGCACGAGAUUGGCGCCAUCGAUCUGCCCGCCACGAUUGACUACAUCCUGGACCAGACGGGUCAGCAGGCGCUGCACUACGUCGGCCACUCCCAGGGCUGCACAUCCUUCUUCGUGAUGGGCUCCCACCGGCCGGAAUACAAUGCCAAGAUCAAGACGGCGCACAUGCUCGCCCCGCCCGUCUACAUGGGCAACACCACCGAGGAACUCAUCGUGGGCACCGCUCCACUACUUGGACAACCUGGCAUUGGCUCCACGCUGCUGGAGAACCAGGUGUUGCUGCCGCAGAACGCGUUCAUCCAGCGAAUACUGGACACCACCUGCAGCAAUCGACCGCUCAUGCUCAGCUACUGCAAGACCUUGGCCAUCCUGUGGGGAGGUCCUGAAAUCGGCAACCUUAACAAGACUCUUUUACCGCAAAUUGCCGAAACCCAUCCCGCUGGCGUGUCCUCGAACCAGGCCAUUCACUACAUCCAGUCCUACGCCUCCAACGAUUUCCGUUUGUACGACUGGGGAACCAAGCGGAACCUGGAGUACUACGGUGUGGCAGAGCCUCCGGCAUAUGAUCUCACCAAAAUCACCUCCGAGCUGUAUUUGUACUACGGUUUGAUGGAUGGAUCGGCGAAUAAGCAGGACAUCUCCCGGCUGCCCGGUCUUCUGCCCAAUUUGGCAGUGCUGCACGAGGUGCCCGAUCCCACGUGGGGUCACUUGGACUUCAUCUUCGCCACGGAGGUGAAGAAGGUGAUCAACGAUUUGGUUGUGGACUACAGUAAGGACUACGAUGCGGGUGAAACUAACAAUGAGAUUUGAAGUUUCUAGCCAAUGAUACAAUU